AUGAUCCCCGCCCCUUUCCUGUCCUCAGGUGUGACGGACCCGUACUCCUGUCGCUCCACAAACGUUACGCUGUCGCAUUCCUGUCGCUCAAAGUCGCCUGCUGUCGCCUCGCGCAUGCGGUCGUCGCUGGCGCGUUUCUUGCCGGCCCGCGUGCCGCCGGGCGUGGCGAGGGCGCUGCUGGGGGCGGCGUGGGUGGCGGGAUGGGCGGGGCUGUGCGCGUGGGUGGUGUGGUUCGCGCACUCGCAGGCCGCCAAUCCGCGGCAGGAGGCGAUGCGAGCGUGGUGUCGCACGCGCGUGCGAUACCUCCAGCAGGACAUCCGAUCGUCCAUCUCCCGCGCGCAGGAGUCGAUCGGCCUGAUACACGCCCUGGGGAACUUUGGGCCGCGCAGCAGCAGCAACCUGAGCUACUGGGGGCUGGCGGGGUGCGUGAAUAACGCGAGCAUGCUGGACUAUAACAACCAGGCGGACACACUCGCCAACUACAGCACAGGCGCCAUAAUUAUGGUCGUCACUGACAGAGACAGGCCCCUUCUGGAGAGCAUCAUAGGGCAGCCAAUCCAGUCAGUGCUGGGUCUGCCCGCCCCAAGGAAGGAUAUAUACGGAGUGAACGCGUAUGGCAGCAUCAACCCCACCUUUCCCAUCCAGUCCUACACCGACUUCUUACCUCUCGUCCCUCGGGAUCUCCGCACCAACCUGCUGCGAGGGCAGACCAUUGCCGGCGCGCCAGUCUCCGCUGGGCCCGGAUACGUGGCAAUUGGUGCGUGUGCUCCUGUUCCCUCCGUCUUUUGA